AUGUGCAGCGAGGCCGUCCCAGGGGCCAGGAGCUGCGAUUGGCGUCUCUGCGAGGCCGAAGGAGCAGCCCCGGCAGGAGCAGUGGGGCUGGGGGUGUGUCGGGGCCCCGCGGGGCUGUGCCUGGGCUGGGUGCCAGGAGGAAACCUCAGGCUUCCUGGCCGGGCGCUGUGGGGGAAGCACAGCGAGUGCUGCGAGGCCGCGGGGGCUGCGAUCAUGGCGCUCGUGCGCUUCUUCACCAAUCUGCUGUCGCUCUUCAUCCCAGAGGCACAGCAGUGUUACGCCAGGAUGAACGAGGCCGUGUUGAAGCCGACAGAAGAGCAGCUGAUCCAGCAGGCGAGAGAAAUACAUGAGAUGCUGCUCAUCAGCUCCAGUUUCCUGGUGCCGCUGAGGCAGCCGAGGCAGCCCGUCAUUUCCUGGGAAGACCUGAUCGUUGCUGCAGUCCUGGUCCUGCUCUUGGGACUGUACUGGUGGACCAGGAGAAGGAGCCCUGACACAGACGACAGCAGCAGUGAGGGGAGCUCAGGCAGUGACACACACUGCCAGGAGGUAGAAAGCGAAGGAGAAACUGUUGAAGAGAGGCACCACGCUUUGAUUUAUGAGAGGCGCAUCCAGUGGACAGUGCUCAGUCUGUGCUACACCAGCAGCACGGUGCAGGAGCUGCUGGGUGACCUCCUCCGUUUAUUGCAAGGGCGCUUGGCCAACAGUUCCUCCCCGGAGCUGCAGCCAGCCAUCGGCGUGGGCAGCGCCUUCGAAGGCUGGAAUCCUUGCGACAGCGACGUCACAUACCGCAUGCUCGUGCCCCUGAAGGCCCCCCAUGGCUACUCCUUCCACCUGGAGCCAGACUUUGCACAGGAACUGCCGGGAAAGAACUUCUGCGUCCGUGUGUCCCCGGAGUGCACCUGCAGCGCAGAGGAGCCGGCAGGAGACGCGCCGUGCUUCCUCCACUACCCUGAGGAGCCACGGAGGAGGAAUCAGGGUCCCAGUGUCCUCGACACCCUCUGCACUGGCCCUUACCUCGAUGUUCAUAAAACUGCCCUCUGGUUCCAGAACUUGGUGACGUCAGCCUGGGGGGAGCUGCCUCAGUCUCGCCGCUACCGGAUGCAGCUGCAGCUCUCCAGACACUCCUGCAAGCUGAAGCUGUCAAACGCCGCCCGAGCACCUCUCUUUGUCGAGCUGCUUUUUGGCGUGCAGCAAGGUGACUCAGACAUCUUUGUGAGCAGCCAAACUGCAGCAGGUUUCUUCACCCCACGCACGACGUGGCCUGAGACCUGCGCUGUGGCAGAGGCCAAGUUCUUCAGGCACGUGGCCAGGAACGCCCCGCCUGGCAGCUACCACCUCAACUGCCUGCAGCUCUGCGCUCGCAUGGUGCCAGGAACGGGCUUUUCCACCUAUAUCAUCAAGACGGUUGUGAUGCACCUCCUGACCACCACUCCCCUGUCAGACUGGCGCAGGAGGUAUCUGCUGCCGCGCCUGAAGGAAAUCAUGCGGUACCUGCGCCGCAGAGUGGAGGAGAAGCGCCUCAACCACUUCUUCUUUGGCAACCACAACGUGCCCGAGGAGAUCGUCUUGCCUCCUGCCUUCCGAGAGGCCGAACCCAUCAACCUCUUCCAGCACCUGACAGACGAUACGGCUGCCCACGCCGAGGCACUGCGUGACUGUGAGCAGCUGCAAGAUCGGCUCACAGGACGGCUCAUCCGUGAGGAUGAAAGAGGUCUUGAGGCAGAGAGCUGA